AUGACGUCACAAAAACAAGUACUUCACACUCAGAUGUCGAGUGUGAUUCAUGACGACCUCCAAUGCUUCGCGAUUCCGUCAAGUAAUGAUUGCAGUACCUGUCCUUCCAGUGCGAGUGCGCGAAAAAGAGAUGAAAAGAAAUGUGCUGUUUGUGGAGAUCAUGCCGUGGGCUUUAACUUUGGAGCAAUAGCCUGCGAGUCAUGCAAGGCUUUCUUUCGCCGUAAUGCGCUUCGCGCCACCAUGCCUCCAUGCCUAUUCAACGGCAGUUGCUUGAUUCAGGUAAAAACACGUCGAUUCUGUUCGCCCUGUCGUCUUUCCAAGUGUUUUGCUGUGGGAAUGCGCAAAUCUUGCAUCAUGGAUGAUAAAGCAAAACGAGAACGAAGAGAAAAGAUACAGCGUAAUCGAGAAAGAAAAGUCGCCUCAGGUCAGAUCGCCAACUCUGGUAGCACUCGUGGUGGAGCGAUCGCUCACUCAAGUUCGCCUUCACAGUGUUAUCAAGGUGAUCCUUCCCCGAAUCCUGACUAUCAUUCACACUCCUUGGCCUCAGAUCCCUCGGCACCUCCACACCAUCGGCAGACAUCAUCCUCAUACUAUCCUUUGAUCUCAACAUCUCACUCUGCCACAGCCGCUGAGGCGCUGCCUUCCACCGGUUGUCGCAGUGCCGUCAACGAGGAUUCUGGAAUGCAGGAUACUUGGCAGAUGGUGAGUGCCAUUCUCUGUAUGAAGAAAAAUGGGAUGUUAACUUCGAGCUUAUGGUUUACCUUAAUCUUGACAAGUGGACUCCAGCUCUCUCCUUUCUUUCAGCCUCAAAGUCUUCAACAAGAUCGCUUGUCGACGGUCGAGAGUCCGAUAAAUGCUUACCCUUCCCAUCAUCAUCUACACCAGUCCCAUUUGAUGGCUCCUCCGUCAUCUUCCGGACUACAUCCCCAUUCCUCGUUUGGGAGGCUAGAAUCCUACCCGCAUCCAGCACACCCGCUGCCUGAUGGACAAGGCACGUCUGACAUUACACCCAAUGAAGCCUGGUUGCAGCUUAUGACUUCGUCAAAGACAGUUGAGGAGAAUUCCACCACGCUGCCAUACUUUGUAAAGAAGCCGACGAAGGUGCCAGUGACAGCAUCACCAAAGUAUCAACAUCCUCAUGGGGAGGGUAACUCUAAGUCGGGUGUAAAAAAUGUUCUUGAUGGUCAUGUGUGGACAUUGGAACCGGAGGAUCCAUCAAACAAGGAGUGCAUCGCGCUGUGUCCCACCUUUUUGAAAUCAGGGAUGGCUCGUCUCCUCUCAAAGCAUCAGUGGACGGCGCUGAACGAUCUUCGCAGUGCCUAUGAGACAUCCUUCCUAGACAGUGCCUCUGAUCACGCGCCUGAGAGCAGCUCAAACAUUACCAUAAGCAGUUUAGUGAAUACUUCUGGUUUUUUGGUACGAAAGUUUAUAAACUUUGCCAAGAAGCUGGCCGACUUCUCCGUCCUGGGACAAGAGGGUCAAAUUUGUCUACUCAAAGGAGUUGUCUUAAAUGCCCUUUUUAUUCGCUCAGCCAGUCAUUAUGAUGUGGUCAAGGAUGUGUGGCUUACUCCGAAGGGUGAAAUACCUACUAGUAUACUUAAAAUCGCUACUGGAAUGCAAAAUCUCUAUGAGGAACACGCCAAGUACUGCAGGAACUUUGCCGAUGUGGUCAAAAGAGACUCCCAUUUGGUGGCUCUGAUGCAAGUAUCCAACAUCUAUGAUCGUUACAUUCUACUGUUGAAGCAUUAUCUGGAGGCCCGCCAUGGUUUUACCCGAGGUCGCACUCUAUUGGCCGCCGUGUUAACCAAUCUGGCGGAGCUACAGGCUUUAACCGACAACUACGGUCACAUACUCCUCCAUGUCGAUCCCAGCAAAGUUGACCCACUGAUCCUCGAAGUAUUCAAUCUUUCGGAUCGUGGAAAGGCUAAUAGAGGGGGAAUAAAAGGAGACGACUCGAGCCCUCUGCUUAUGGUUGAUCGAAACACAUCAAGUUCUAGCCUGACUACUUCGACCUAA